UACAGCAACACUCGACGCGAAGACGACGAGCGAGAGAUCACAACAGCAGCAGAUCGAGCAAGGACGAUGGCUUCGGGCAACGCCAAGCAGGCGCAGGCGCUCACGCGCCAGGCAAGGCAGGAUAUGGCCUUUGCUGGCAUCUGCACCACGUUCACGACAACCUGUAUUGGCAGAGUGCAGGACAACCACAUGUGCUGGGAGGAUGUGAUCAAGCUGUGCAACAAGUACCAGGCCACGCUGGCGCAAGCGUGCCGCACAUUUGCGGACCUGCAAGACGCUGUACAAGACCUCCUCAACACAGGCAAAGACGUCGCAGGCGAUACAUCCACGUUGUGCGAGUCUGCAGACUCACUGCUGCACAGCCUGGCACGCGUCAACGAGCAGCGGCACGAGGCCUCCCUGAGCAUGUUGUCGGAGCUGAUCCCACUGCUCAAAUCGCGACAGGAUACGUGGCAUGAGGAGGCCGCCCAGCUGGAAAAGGAGUUUGUCAAAAACACGACGAGCCUUCGACGCACAGUGAAGAAGAACAUACACGGGGUGUCCAAAGCGGCGAAGAAGAACCGAAAGGCCAAGGACAAUGAACACGAGACAGAGUGCGCCAAGCAAUGCCGCCAGCUCGCGGCGUCCACAGCCGAGUACAGCAAGCAGCAGAAGAAUUUUUACGACCGCGCACACGUGAUGGAACGCAGCCGCUUCUGCGCCCUCUCCCGCGUGCUGUGCGAGCUUGCCUCAUACGAGCUGGCGUGCUCCCCUGAACUCGCCACGCUGCGCACACGCGUGGACGGGACGGUUGCCCUCGCCAACGCCCCGGAUGCCGUGCCGUUCAACGAGCACUUCCGCAACCUCACAAAGGCAAACGGGUUUGACAUCAACGGCAACACCAUUACGGCAUAUGCGCAGCAGCGUGCUGGCAAUGGCAGCAGCCAGUAUCCCGCCAUCACCAUCACACCCGGUCACGCAGAUACGGCACGCACCAGCAAGCGGUACCGUCCAUAUGGGGAGGCGUACGAAGGCGACGACGAUGACGAUGAUGACGAUGGCGAUGGUGCUGGGUCGGACACGAGUGCGCCGCUGUUUACGGAGGAAGAGCUGAACGGAAUGUACAGCCGCGUGAGCAAAGGACACAAGCGGACAGAUCAGCAGCUGGACGGAGAGUCCGACACGGACGCUGACACGACGCAAGACACCGCCGCACGCGCGCAGGAAAACGGACAUCUGGCAACGCAGCAGGGGCAGCGGCUGUCGUUUGCAGCCGUCUCUGAUGCCAUGUACAACGAGGACCACGGCAAUGAUGGCAACAGCAGCGAUGGGCGCAGCUCGCACACGCGCAGCACACACGAGGCCGAGGGUGGCUACGAUGACGAUUACAGCGGUGGUGCUGGCAGUGGGAGGCAGAGACACUGGCAGGGAGGGGCGCGUCGACAGCAGCCAUCGUCCGAUUACAGUGGUGAUGGUGAUGGUGAUGGUGAUGGUGAUGGUGAUGAGUUGCCGCCGCCGCCGCCAGAUGACGCUGGCCCGCCACUGCCACCGCGGCUGUCGGAGGCGGCGUUUGACACGUUGACCGACAGCUUCGACGCCCUGCCACCGCCACCACCCAUGCCACCAGCACCGCCGCGCGACAGCAGUGACAGCGGAGAUGGACAGGGUAGUGGUGACACCUCUGCACCAUCAUCCUCUGAUGCAGGUGCACCACCACCGCCUCCGCCUCCGCCUCCUCCUCCAUCCAUGGCGUCCUUCACAUCGUCGGCCACAUCAGCCUCGCGACCGGCACUGUCUGCAGCCGCUCUCCACUCUGCUGCCAGCGGCCUCAGGCACACACCCCCGUCGCAAGCAAGUGAGAGUGGAAGCAGUGCCAGCAAGCAGGCGGACCCGUCAGACCUUGCCCAGGUCGCAGCCAUGAAGGGAGCGGCGCGUCUGAAGCGACGAGAGCAUACCAGCAUGAAGGAGAAGAGUCCAUCGGAGCAUUCCGUCACGUUUCCACGUGGCAGCCUGCCCCACCUCCGCCACGUGCCCUCUGACGAGAAGCGUCUUCGCCAGCAGGAGGCCGCGGCUGCUGAGCACGACACAGAGGAGUCGUUUGCGUCUCUCCGCACCACCCUCCGCCACGCCGACGGCACAGACCAGACCGACACCACCACUACUUCAGCAUCAGGGCCGGCAUCAACGGCACGGGCAGCGACGAAACCAAAGCCAAAGCCCAAGCCAGCAAACGUCAAGACCGCCAAACACAUCACCAGCCUGUGAUGUUGUGUCUGUGUCUGUGUGUGUGUGUUUGCGUGUCUGUGCGUCUGUGUCUGUGUCUGUGUCCGUGUCUGUGUCCGUGUGUGUGUCUCUGUCCGUGUGUCUGUGUCUGUGCCUGUGUCUGUGUCUGUGUCUGUGUGUGCGUGUGUGAGCGUGCGUGUGUCUGUGUGUUUGCUCCGCCUUGUUGUUUUGCUUUCCUAACUUCCUUCAUGAAUUUGUUAUUUCUUUCGCCGCCCAUUCUUGCUGGCUCGCUUUCUCCCCUCCACGCCAUCUUCACUCUCGCAAUGAUCACUGUACAGGCAACAUGCUGUUGGCCAGUUAUGUUUUAAGAGUUUUUGUUUUCGUGCUCUGUCAACAUGCAAUUCACGCUACCCUGUGCGCUAUGCCACGUGCUGUAACAACAAACACUACAAACGAUCACUUUGAA